GAGACAUCAUCGGACCACACCCGUCCACACCCUUCAAGCUGUGUUUGCAAAAUGGGCGGUGUGCCUCACUGGUCAUAUAGAAAAUCACCAAGCGUCCUCCCCCCACUGUUCUCUCGGCCAAAUCUGAACGGUAGUACCAGUCACCAGUUGGAAACAAGCCUUGAAAAAGCGUUCUAUCUACACUAACACACCUACAAGAAGACCGUAACUCGUGUGGGCUCUAGAAGAUGGAUUUAGCCUGUGCGAGGGCCGUUCUCCUAGGGUUUUUGCUGGUCGUCUCAGCUCUACUUUCUGCAGACGCACAGAAUGGCGUGUACCAACCUAUUGGGGUACAGAAUAGCAGCAUCAUUCCAGAUGGCCUGAUGACAGCGUCAUCCCAACUAAACGGUUCCGAGGCGUACAGGGGCCGCUUGAACGGCGAUGGAGCCUGGCAGCCGACUGGACAAGAUGCAUUACGGUACCUGGCCGUGGACCUAGAGAAAAAGUAUUACGUUUUCGGUAUCCAAACCCAGGGACAGGGAGAUGGCUACGUCGAGACGUUCAGGAUCUUAUACCAGACGGACUCAUCACAACUGAUUGGCUACUCGGAAGAUGGUGUGAAUCCCAAGAUCUUCACAGGUAACAGCGACAACGAGACGAUUGUCCAGCAAAACUUCACCUCGUACAUCUACGCCCAGGUUAUCAUCAUCAAUCCUCAAAAUUUCUCCGGCUCUCCGAGACUGAGGAUAGAGUUACUCGGAGUUGAAGAACUCCCCACAACAAGCUCUCCAACAACGACUCCAUUUGUGGCAACGACUCCACUCGUCUCAACGACUCCCCUCGUAACAACGACUCCACUCGUAACAACGACUCCACUCGUAACAACGACUCCACUCGUAACAACGACUCCACUCGUCACAACGACUCCCCUCGUAACAACGACUCCACUCGUAACAACGACUCCACUCGUAACAACACCACUUCCAACAUCCUCCUCCACACAACUCUCAAGCACCACAACGGCUGAGACGUCAUCUGGCGUGUACCAACCCAUUGGGGUACAGGACAGCAGCAUCAUUCCAGAUAGUCUGAUGACAGCUACAUCCCAACUGACCGGAUCCGAGGCGUACAGGGGCCGCUUGAACGGCGAUGGAGCCUGGCAGCCGUCUGGGCAAGACACACAGAAGCUCCUGGCCGUGGACCUAGAGAAAAAGUAUUACGUUUUCGGAAUCCAAACCCAGGGACAGGGAGAUGGCUACGUCGAGACGUUCAGGAUGUCAUACCGGACGGACAGCUCAUCACCACUGAUUGGCUACUCGGAAGAUGGUGUGGGCGCCAAGAUCUUCACCGGUAACAGCGACAACGAAACUAUCGUCCAACAAAACUUCACCUCGUACAUCUACGCCCAGUAUAUCCUCGUUCAGCCUCAAAAUUUCUCCGGCGCUCCGAGACUGAGGAUAGAGUUACUUGGAGUUGAGGUGCUCCCCACAACAAGCUCCCCUGUUACAACUCCAUUGGAGACCACAACUCCAACUGUGACAACAAACUCCCCAACAACGACACCACUUGUGACAACAAACUCUCCAACAACGACUCCAAUUGUGACAACAAACCCUCCAACAACCAACCCACUUGUGACAACAAGCUCUCCAACAACGACUCCAGGUAAAACAACAAGUUCUGCAGCAACGACUCCAAAUGUGACAAACUCUCCAGCAACGAAUCCCGGUGUGACAAUAGCUUCAACUGAAACGACUCCGGAUGUGCCAACGAGUUCUCCACCAACGAAUCCAGAUGUGACAACAAGUUCCCUGUUAACGACUUUACUAGCGACAAGAAGCUCCCCAGUAACGACCCCACUCAACACAACGGCAUCAUCGUCGAGUCCUGAUGGGUCCACGACUUCGCCGACUAUCGACGAUACCUCCACGAUGCAACAACAGUCCACCUCAUCCAACAUCGUCUCCAGUACGCAGAGCCAGACAGUUUCAAGUACCACAACGGCUGAGGCAUCAUCUGGCGUGUACCAACCUAUUGGGGUACAGGAUAGCAGCAUCAUUCCAGAUGAUCUGAUGACAGCGUCAUCCCAACUAAACGGUUCCGAGGCGUACAGGGGCCGCUUGAACGGCGAUGGAGCCUGGCAGCCGUCUGGACAACAGGAAUUUGAGGCCCUGGCCGUGGACCUAGGGAAAAAGUAUUACAUUUUCGGGAUCCAAACCCAGGGACAGGGAGAUGGCUACGUCGAGACGUACAGGUUCGUUUACCAGCCGGACAACUCAACAGAGCUGAUUGCCUACUCGGAAGAUGGUGUGAACCCCAAGAUCUUCACCGGUAACAGCGACAACGAAACUAUCUUCCAACAAAACUUGACCCCGUACAUCCACGCCCAGUAUAUCCUCGUCAACCCUGUAAACGUCUCCGGCGCUCCCAGGCUGAGGAUAGAGUUACUUGGAGUUGAGGAACUCCCCACAACAACAAGCUCUCCAACAACGACUCCCAUCGUCACAACGACUCCACUCGUCACAACGACUCCCCUCGUCACAACUCCACUCGUCACAACGACUCCCCUCGUCACAACGACUCCCCUCGUAACAACGACUCCCCUCGUCACAACGACUCCACCCAUUACAACACCACUUCCAACAUCAUCCUCCACACAACUGUCAAGUACCACAACGGCUGAGACGUCAUCUGGCGUGUACCAACCCAUUGGGGUACAGGACAGCAGCAUCAUUCCAGAUCGCCUGAUGACAGCUACAUCCCAACUGACCGGAUCCGAGGCGUACAGGGGCCGCUUGAACGGCGAUGGAGCCUGGCAGCCGUCUGGGCAAGACACACAGACGCUCCUGGCCGUGGACCUAGGGAAAAAGUAUUACGUUUUCGGUAUUCAAACCCAGGGACAGGGAGAUGGCUACGUCGAGACGUUCAGGAUCUCAUACCGGACGGACAGCUCAUCACCACUGAUUGGCUACUCGGAAGAUGGUGUGGGCGCCAAGAUCUUCACCGGUAACAGUGACAACGAAACUAUCGUCCAACAAAACUUCACCUCGUACAUCUACGCCCAGUAUAUCCUCGUCCAGCCUCAAAAUUUCUCCGGCGCUCCGAGACUGAGGAUAGAGUUACUUGGGGUUGAAGUGCUCCCCACAACAAGCUCCCCUGUUACAACUCCACUGGAGACCACGACCUCAAUCACUCCACUCGCCACAACGACUCCUCUCGUAACAACGACUCCCCUCGUCACGACUCCCCCCAGAACAACACCACUUCCAACAUCAUCCUCCACACAACUGUCAAGCACCACAACGGCUGAGGCAUCAUCUGGCGUGUACCAACCCAUUGGGGUACAGGACAGCAACAUCAUUCCAGAUCGCCUGAUGACAGCUACAUCCCAACUGACCGGAUCCGAGGCGUACAGGGGCCGCUUGAACGGCGAUGGAGCCUGGCAGCCGUCUGGGCAAGACACACAGAAGCUCCUGGCCGUGGACCUAGAGAAAAAGUAUUACGUUUUCGGUAUCCAAACCCAGGGACAGGGAGAUGGCUACGUCGAGACGUUCAGGAUCUCAUACCGGACGGACAGCUCAUCACCACUGAUUGGCUACUCGGAAGAUGGUGUGGGCGCCAAGAUCUUCACCGGUAACAGUGACAACGAAACUAUCGUCCAACAAAACUUCACCUCGUACAUCUACGCCCAGUAUAUCCUCGUCCAGCCUCAAAAUUUCUCCGGCGCUCCGAGACUGAGGAUAGAGUUACUUGGGGUUGAAGGACAACAACGUCCCCCGGUAACAACUCCACUUGUGACAACAAGCCCCCCAGUAACGACUCCACCUGUUCCAACACAGCCCUCAACGUCAUCAAGCUCUGAAGCCACUUUAGCAACAACAACCAUUGAAGAAUCCACCAUGAUUGAGGAACUAACAUCAACAACAGAUUUGUUGACUAGUUCAGAAUCAAUGACUGUGGGACCAUCAACAACCCUCGCUCCAGCGGAAACGACAACUGAAACCACAACAAGAGGUGCAUCCACUGCUGAAGAUGUGACAGAAGGGCCACAGACAACGUUCACUUUCAGCAUUGAAGACACGACCACGGAAGACUCAGUAGUGUCAUCGACAGAGCUGCCCUCCACCUCAGAACCACCAUCGGGACCGAGCGUCGCUUCACCGACAGCGGGCGUUUCUACACCACAAACAUCGAUGUUCCCCACAGACGCAGAAGCAAGCACCGAGUCACAAACACAGUCUCAAUUAUCAUCCAGCCCUUCGUCAAUUUCUACAACUGAUGACAUGACAACGAUCACAUUAACGUCAACACAAGGUCAGGUUGUAACGACAGAGGAACCGUCAACCAUGGCACAGCCGGACACAACAGAUUCGGCAGAUACCACCAUCUUUACAGUUGCCAUUAGUUCUACUGAUAGAGUGACAACAGAGGGAUUUGGAAUAACAACAUCAGUAGUGGAUCAGGUUUCAACCAGUGCUGAAGCAACAAUAGCCACGACAGCUGAUCAAUCUACCUCAGCAUCGACAGCAUCCGGCACGACGCCAUCUGCUUUAACCCCAACGCCAUCUGCUUCAGCGUCGACACCAUCUGCUCCAACCACGACGCAAUCUGCUUCUACCGCACUACCGGCAGUCUCUACCGCGGCGCCAGCUGUUUCAACCGCAGCUCCAGCAGUCUCUACAUCGAGCCCAACAAGUGCCGCAGUGCCCACCACAGAACAAGCUGCUGUUACAACCAGACCAGCGACCACAACCCAGGCAGUUAACGUUGUUAUUGUCACUCAGUCCCUAGGCCUAGACGAUAUCAACAUCAUCUCUAACGAUCAGAUAACUCAAUCAUCGUUCAUAGAGGGAUUUGAAGGAUUCAAUGGUAGAAUAGGAGGCGACAGCGCAUGGAAAUUCCCACCAAAUGAUACAGACCCAUUUUUACAAGUAGACCUAGGAGAAGUAACAACGGUGACCACUAUUCAGACGCAGGGUUUCGAAAAUGGGUACGUCUCAUCAUACACGCUUCAAUAUCAACAAGUUACCCAGGCAGGAAGAAGAAGACGACAAUCUGGUGGCAACUUUGUCGACUACAUGGAGAACGGAACAGUCAAGGUAUUCGAGGGAAACAAUGACGGUAACGCAAUCGUCAACCAGACACUUGCCAACCCGAUCGAGACUCAAGCUCUUAGGAUCAAACCGACAAACUUCUCCGCCGAGCCAGCUCUGAGGAUAGGACUAAUAGGGGAGGUAGCAGUUCCAGUAACACCAGCGGCAGGCACAACUGUCACAGCCGGGCAGACAACCAGCACAGUCGGGCAGGUUACCACCAGCCCGGUAGGGUUGGAGGACUGGCAGCUGUACGCUAUAGUAGGAGGGUCAUCUGCAGGAGCCGUGCUGCUUCUGAUGGCGAUCAUAGGACUGAGUGUGGCCAGGUCCAGGAAGACUAAGAAAAGAUCUGCACGCUUCACUAAAGAUCACUCCGCUUGGAGCAACGUAGAUGGAAGAAACAUAUCUGCAGGUGCGAUACCGACGGAAAGUUACAAAAUACCCAGAGCAAGAUCUAGCUACAAGCCCCGUGAUGAGGCGUACAGCAGCGUACAUUAUAACGACGCUUACAGGUCUGAUGACGAAGUUCUUCCACCGCACAGCGAGGAUACAAUGAUAAAGCCGCCUAUGGUUGGUCACAACGGUGACUACGCCUCUCAUGCCGUCAUGAUUGACACUCGGGCACCGGGAGGGUCAAAACUGACGUACUGAGAUUAACAUAGAAAUAUCUGUCCAUCCUGAAAGGUCGUCUGUGUUGGUAGUUAGCAAUUAGAUAUUUAAAGUUAAAACUUUUGUCCCAACACAAGUGGUUUUACGUUUACUCACCUAGAUUUUUCGACACACUGGUCUUCAAUGUUUUUAUUAUGUAUGUAUUUCAUGUCUUUUCAUAGAUACACUGUUUCGUGAAUGUC